AUGCGUUCGAAGCUACGACUAACCUUGAUUUAACAUUUCAAUGAGUUUGAGAAUAAUAACAAGAUUUUAUGUGUCUUUUAAAUAUUUGUGGUAUCAGAGCGUACAAUUUGGCCGACGUCUUUAAUCUGCGCCUUAUCAGAGAAGGACGUUCUCUAUAACGCCUACGUGUUCGGGGCUGACUUGAACGCAGCAUCAACCGGCUCUUUGCUGACGAGCUGUCGCCUUUCGAAACAGCUGGUAGUUUGUCAGCCAGCAACUCGUCUCGAGAGCCACAUUUAGAGCGUCGAAAGCACAAAUUGGACUCGAAAGCGACUGACUCAGCCUCGCCUUAACUCUCUGCUGGGGUUCUACCGUGGCUUGGAAGAUGCCAUGCCUUAAUGUCUACUUUGCCAGGCACUUGUUAGCAAGGAACAAGUGAAGCUCCGGGCAGCUAACUUUAGCUAGGCUAAUUUACGAGCACGCGUGGGGGGGGUUUCCUGUCUGUGAGGUUGAAGCGACUGCUUAGUAGCAACAUGACUCAUAUACAUUAUAAAUUCUCCUCCAAACUCAGCUACGCCACGGUGGUGUUUGACGGGCCGCACGUCACGCUGACGGACCUAAAGGAGCAGAUCAUGGGCAGGGAGAGGCUGCGAGCCGGCGACUGCGACCUGCAGAUUACCGACGCGCAAACCAAAGAAGAGUACACAAAUGAGGAAGGGCUCAUCCCCAAAGGCUCGUCAGUGAUUGUCAGGAGGGUGCCAAAUAUGAGAGUCAAGAGUUUCUCUUUCAAAAAGACUCAAAACACUGAGCGCUCUGAUGCCCACUGCCACUUCUCCACUGGAGCCAUCAAAGCAAUGGAUGACAACAGUUCUUCUAAAACCCUGCCUUUAUUCGCCAAGAUGGUGAACCUGGCAGCUGCUGAUGUGUCAGAAGAGGAUAAGAUCAAAGUGGUAAUGAACCAGUCCUCGUACAACCCCAUGACUUACAACAAAAAGUUUGGUGGGAUUCUCCCUGCCAACUACACCUGUUAUCGCUGUGGAAACACUGGACAUCAUAUCAGGAAAUGUCCAUCUACUGGGGAUAAAAAUUUCGAUGCGCCAAAGAUAAAGAAGAGCACAGGCAUUCCUCGCUCCUUCAUGGUGGAGGUGGAUGACCCCAACAUUAAGGGAGCUAUGAUGACUAACUGCGGGCGUUUUGCAAUUCCUGCCAUUGACGCUCAGGCGUACGCCAUCGGCAAGAAAGAGAAGCAUCCAUUUUUGCACCAAGAAGAGUGUGAGCCAGUGGAUGAGAAAAUCCCUGUACCUGAGGAGCUCCAAUGUCUGAUCUGUCAUGACCUGCUUGUGGAUUCGGUAGUCAUACCCUGCUGUGGAAACAGUUAUUGUGACGAGUGUAUUCGUACGGCCUUGCUGGACUCAGAAGGACACAUCUGUCCCACCUGUAACCAAGCUGAUGUCUCCCCUGACACAUUGAUAGCCAAUAAAUUCCUCCGUCAGGCUGUAAAUAACUUUAAGAAAGAGAAAGGUGACACCAGGAAUUUGAUAAGAAAGUCUGGGAUCCCUCAGUCACUCACUGCAACACCAACACCAAUCCCUGUUCCUACUCCUUUGACUGUCCAACAACAGAAGAUCCAGCAGUCCACCCCCAGUCAGCAGACUGAUGUUCACGAGUCUGGGGCUCAUCCUGCUUCCAGCCUACCACCUUGUGUUGAAGCUGAAGUAAAAACACAAGAUGAUUCAGUGGCUGAUAUACCUUCUGUGGCUUUCUUAAACAAAGACCCCACAGCUGUUCCAUCACAGCCAAUGAUACUGGUUCACAAUGACCCAGUACAGAAAUCCUCCUUAGGUCAAACACCAACCAGCUUGCACAGUUCCUUCUCAUCCUCGGUUUUUCCCAUGGGAGUUACAACUGAAAUCCAGCACCUUCCUCCCUCUUCAUCCUCCCAGCCACCUGCUCCUCCACCUUUCUUCCCCAGCCACCACUUCCACUCAUUCCCUCCAGCUCAGCAGUAUCCAAGACCCCCACCGGGACACCCAGUGGCCCUACCCAAUUGGACUCACCCAAACCCUCAGGGUGCCCCCCUCCCUCCCAUCAUCUCCUCUUCCUCCCCCUCCAUCCCUCCUCUCAACCAGAGGGACUGGUCCAGCCAUCAUAGACACAGGAGGGAAAGGUCUCCUAGUACACGAUCCACCUUCAGACGCUCCUCUCGUUCUAAGUCCAAAUCUUCUCGCUCAUCAAGCCAGUCCAGUCGGUCCCGCUCAAGAUCCCAUGGCAGAUCAAGGCCCAGGUCACCAUACUCUCAUCGUAGAGUCCCACACACCCGCACAAAUCCCUCACACUCCUAUAGCUACGGUUACAAGAGGUCCCACUCACCCACGGCAUCUUCAUCAUCUUCACCCCGGGAGGGUUCUCAUUCUACGUCGCAGUCAGCUCACCGGAAAAAACGCCAUCACAACAAAAAGUCCUCUCACAGAAGCUACAAAUCCAGGAGACGAGCUGAACACUCACCAGCUUCUUCCAGACAAGCUGAAGGCUCUUCAGGGCAGUGUUAUGCUAAUGAACCAACUAGUAGCCAGGACACAAAUAAUGAUUUCUACCAGCAAUGGAAAAAACAAUACAAAGAGUGGUAUGAGAAGUAUUUCAGCACUUAUGUCAGCCACUACCACCGAUUGCCGCCUUCCCUCCUCUCUCUCCCUCCUCCCCCAAAUCCACCAUGGGCGGACCAAGCAGAGAACCACACAAGCCACAAGUUAGACUCGUUCACUCAUCUCCAACAUACGCGCAGGACUUUGACGCACCCCCUCUCCCCUCCAUCUCAAUCGUCCAGCGACAGUCGCUCCAGUCACUCUCAGUCUUCCAGCGAGGGUCGCUCCCCUCCUUCUCGAUCUUCGAGUGUCUGCAGCUACGCUCGCUCGCCACCGUCCGAGAAUACCACCCCUCACAGGGGGAGCGCGAAGAAGGAUGGCCGUAAGCAUGAAGCAACUGCAAAUUCAGAACAGCUUCCUGCCCUCAAAUCUGAACAGGAGAGAAUGAGGAAGUAUGAUGAAGUCCCAGAAGACAACACAUGUUCCACUGAUGCUGCACGCCCAAAAGGCAAGGAGGACAAAAGGAGGCAUCGUAAUACUUGCAGCGACUCAUUGCCAGACAGAGAUGCCUUUGAAUCUGUCCAAAAUCCACUCACAUCAAAUAAAAAUGAGAGAGAAAAACAACAGAGAGCAGAAAGUGAAAGUAAAUUUAAAAAAGGCAAAGAUUCCAUCUCUCGGCGGCUGGAUGAAGAAAGGCGUCAGAAGGUCAAGUCCAGGGAGAAGGCUCACAAAGUGGAAAAAGGCACACACCCUGGAGUCUACAAAGCUUCGAAGUCCCAGACAAAGGGUGAAGGAGCAUGCGAGGAGGAAAAAAAAUGAAAGUCAAGCGUAACAACUGAAAGAAGUGGGUACAUACAAACCAACCUUGAAAUCCCCAAGGGUGAAUGUUCUCACACUGUUGACAAAGAAAAGCAACAGGAGCAGAAGAAAAAGCAAAAGGAACCACUGUCUCCCAGAGUGAAAAACAUCUGGGAGGAAGGAAUGCAGGUGAAACCACAGAAGAAGAUUAGCAUCAACAUCAACCUGGAUGGGAAGAGACCUGAAGAGAAGACAGCAAUACGGGAAUGGUCUCGUUCAGAGAGGAGUGAUGCGAAAGAAAAUGGUGAGAAGUUAGAGGCAGAAAUUCCAAGAACUGCAAAGCAGCAAGCAACUGGACUUCGAGAGCUUCGGGGAGCAGACGAGGUAGACGGGACAGAAUCCAAAAAAGAGGACGAGAGGCAGAAUGUGAAGGAGAAUGAGGAAGAUAAGAGCAUGAAAAAUGAUGACGGAAGAAAAGAGAGAGGGAUUGUGAAGGAGAAUGAGGGGGAUGAGAGAGUGACAAAUGAUGAUGAAGAAAAACAGAGGCAGAUAUUGGAGGAGAAUGAGGAUGAGAGAGUGACAAAUGAUGACAGAGAAAAAGAGAGGCAGAUUAUGAAGGAGAAUGGGGAGGAUAGGAAAGUGACAAAUGAGGACGGAGAAAAAGAGCGGCAGAUUGUGAAGGAGAAUGAGGAAGAUGAGAGCGUAAAACAUGACAUCGGAAAAGAAAGGGGGGGUGUAAAGGAGAUUGAGGAGGAUGACAGCGUGACAAAUGAUGAAAGAGCAAAAGACAAGUCAGUUGGUACUACUGAAAAGAUGAUGACAGAAGAGGAAAAUGGCGAAGAGCUGCCCGAAGAGUUGAAGCCAAAACAAGAGCUAGUGGUGGGAGUGAAGAUGAGUGAUGAAGACACUGCCUCUGUGAUGAUGUCACAUACCAGUGAGAGGCCAAACAUUACAAUGGAGAGUGUCUGCAACAAUUCCAUGGUGGACCGCAGGGAAGGUGAGGAGUCUCUGGAGAGGAUAAUCGAGGUAACAACACCUCCACGGGAGCACAAGCACAGUGAAGAGGACACACUUGAAUUUCCACCUCUUUCCAUAUUGGACAAAAAGGACCCUGAAGAGGAUGAACAGGAGGUUCUUCCAGUAGCACCGCCUCCACCACCAGUGACACCAGGCCAACUGGAAGCUCAUGGACAGGAUGAGGAAGAGAGUCAAAGAGGCCAAUACAUAAGUGACACUGAGAUGGAGGGAAACGUUGGCGCCGACAGACCACAAGAUCAUGAGAAAGAAUGGAAGGGCGAGGAGGACAAGAAAGUAAGCAAUAAGGCAAAAGACGCAGAACAGGAGCUGCUGAUCCUACCAAACCUCCAGUCAUCCUUGACAUCACAUCAUUCUGACAGGAAGGGCAGAGAACAGGAGGUCAAGACAGAUGCAAGCAAGGAAAGUCAUACAGUCCAUCACAGUGAGUGUAUCAAAAAGCUAUGCGCAAUACUGGAUAUACAAUCAAGCACAACAGAGGAUCCUGACCACAUCUACCAGUAUCACGAUAGUGACAAUACAGAGAGUAAAUCCAGCAACAAAAAUAAUUCUCUCCCUUACCACGUACAACUCAUUGGAAAGCAGCAAAGACCUCCAGAGUCUAGCAGGUCUAGUCUGGCAUUAAAGCCCUCUGAUGCGCCUCAGGUCAUCUUGGUGUCCAAGAAUCAGCGUGAAGCCAAGCCCCAUGCACCAUCCCCCUACAAACACUCAGACAGAACCACUCUCAAGGUGAGACCCCAGAGCAGAGAGGAGCUAUGGAAAAGGUACAAGCUGGAAAAGCUGUUAAAAGAAAGCCAACACGACCGAGCGGCAAAGGAGCCGGAGCCUGAGAGAGAAGCAGCUCAGCACAGUACACACGAGGCAAAACCGGAGCGAGCCAGAGGAGAGAAGCCCUCCAGUCACAGCAGCAGCAGCGUGACGAAGAGUGAGCAUGAAAGGAGGCCAAAAAAGCACAAGGACAAACGACACGGAGACACAGACCUAGAAGAACUAGAGAGGAAACACAAAAAGUCCAAGAAACAUGAUCACUCUCACUGAAGAGAAACAUGAUCACUCUCACUGAAGAGGAAUGCCGCUUCCGUUCCUUUUUUCCUCACACAAAAAAGUGCCUGAUAGGAUUAGGUUAUUUUCCUCUUUAUCAUGUUAAGAUUGGAUCAGGGUCAUCCAAUAAUGAAAAUGAGCGAAAUGCAAAAGAAAAACACUUUAUUCUUUAGAUAUUGCUGAAGCUGGAAAAUGUUACAGGUUUAUUUAAUUUGACUCACACUUAGUAGUAGUGCUCAGAGAAUUGCGCUGAAUGGGAUUUGUGAUUAAUUUAUUGUGAUAAUUUAUUAUUAAUUGAACCUCUGUUGCUGGUUUUUGUAAAUUUAAUUUCAAAAUAAAUGACAUGCUGCUAAUAGGUUAGGAGUUGCCAGAGAAAUGUUUGUUUCUUCCUGUUUUGCAGGAAAUAAAAAUAAUAAUUACAUAUGCA